CGCCCGAGCUCGGUUGGAACGCAGGGGCAGUCUUUUAAAGGCGCUACCCUGUGCACUCUGGAACUUGAGUGCUGCUUGCCUGCUCUUGCUCCCGCGCUUUCGGGAUCCAGAUCACCUCGCCAAUAUGUCUCAGGCGGAAUUUGACAAAGCUGCUGAGGAGGUGAAGCGCCUCAAGACCCAGCCAAGUGACGAAGAGAUGCUCUUCAUCUACAGCCACUUCAAACAAGCUACCGUGGGCGACGUAAAUACAGAUCGGCCCGGGCUUCUGGACCUCAAAGGCAAGGCCAAGUGGGAUUCAUGGAAUAAGCUGAAAGGAACUUCCAAGGAGAGCGCCAUGAAAAGCUAUGUGGAAAAAGUGGAAGAGCUGAAGAAGAAAUACGGAAUCUAGAAGACCAGACACAUGCGUGACCCGUGAGGACAUAAUGCCUUGGUGUUUUUCUAAUGUAGAUGAUAUGGCUCUGAUAAAUUAGGGCCAGGAUUAAUUGCUGACCCUCCUCCCUGUGUAGUUUUUACCUGAAGUCAAUUAAAAGUACAUUUGUUACUGUA